ACCGCCGAUAUAAACCCACCUCUCUCCACUCUCGUCCAUUGCCUAAUACCAAAUUCCGAUCUCUCUCUCUCCAUCUCGAUCUCGACAGCUCUCUCUAUACGUUUAGCGUUUCAACCUCUGCCUAAUCUGAAGAGGUGAUCUGAUCAUCUGACUUUUGGAGAAGAAUCGUGUUCGUUUGCCUUUGAAUUGAUUCUGGUUGUGGUUUUAUACAACUUUGGGAUGCUGUUUGCUAAUCCUGAACCACCUGAUGAAGAUAAUGAACCGUUUGUUGAGGUUGAUCCAUCAGGACGGUUUGGUCGAUAUAGUGAACUGCUAGGCUCUGGUGCUGUGAAGAAGGUCUACAAGGCAUUUGAUCAGAAGGAGGGAAGAGAUGUGGCUUGGAACCAGGUGCGGUUGAGGAAGUUCAGCGCUGACCCAUCUGUCAUCAGUAGGCUUUACUCAGAGAUUGAGCUUCUCACAACAUUGAAGAAUGAUAAUAUCAUUGUUCUCUUCCACUUCUGGAAGGACAGCGAACAUAGCACCUUGAAUUUCAUUACGGAGGAAUGUGCCUCUGGUAGCCUCAGGGAUUACAGGAAGAAGCAUCGCCAUGUGGCCCUCAGGGCCUUGAAGAAGUGGUCAAGACAGAUACUCGAGGGCUUGGAGUAUCUCCACACCCAUGAUCCUUGCAUCAUUCAUAGAGAUCUGAACUGUAGUAACAUCUUCAUCAACGGGAACAUUGGAAAGGUCAAGAUUGGUGAUCUAGGCUUAGCAGCAACGGUGGGGAAGAGCCAUGAGGCGCAUUCAUUGUUAGGGACACCAGAGUAUAUGGCACCAGAGCUGUAUGAAGAGAAUUACACAGAGUUAGUGGACAUUUACUCAUUUGGAAUGUCGUUGCUUGAAAUGGCCACAAUGGAAAUACCAUACAGCGAAUGUGCUAGUAUUGCUCAGAUAUACAAGAAGGUGACCACUGGUGUAAAGCCUCAAGCCUUGAAUAAAGUAAAUGACCCGGAAUUGAAGGCCUUCAUUGAAAGGUGCAUUGGCCAACCAAGAGCAAGACCCUCGGCCUCUGAACUUCUUAAGGACCCAUUCCUUUCUGACGUUGCCGACUGCGAUGAGACCUAGCUGAAUUCAUUUGCUGUUAGAAAGAAAAUUCAGUCAGUUAAUACAUGCUUUUGUCUAGGCAUUUGCCAAUUUUGAGAAUUUUUACCUCGUAUUAUUCCUGCCACCUAUGCACAGUUCAGUGCUAAUGUCCUAUACAUUUCUUGGGACUAGUGUUGAGGACUUAUCAUUCAUGCAUCUACCACAAAAUGCCACCAUGUCAAGGGUGUACUGACAUUAACCAACUCGGCUUACCCAUUUGGCCAGAAAAUACCUCUCAAAUGAGACGAAAAAGCACGAAGGGAAGCCACAACAUGACUCGCAAUGCUAGAUCCUGUGGGCCCCAGCUGGAUUUAUCCUCCCAUCCAUACAUUAUACAACAACAGCCUGAGCCCUCUUUCCUUCGCUUAGGUUGUAGUUAUAAACUGAGGUGGUGGUUGUAAUUGUGUUUUCUGAAGAAGAAAAAGGAUAUAUUUUACAUUCAUUGUAAGCAAAUUGGGCAAGGUUGUUUCAUGAACUCUAGUAGGUGGUCCUUCUGAACUUGUCUGUCUUUUGGAACUGUUUUUCAGUUGCAUUUGUUGUGAUGCUUCGGUAGAAACAAGGGUAUA